AUGGCUAACCAAACGACUCAGCAGCACAAAAUGAAACUUCGCAGCUCAGGCUGCCUCAGGUGGUCGUAUCUACCGCAAGAGAUUCGCCGGAACAUUCUCAACAUGAUAGUCGAUCAGAGAAAUCUACGCUGGUCUGCUUUGGCCUCUGUAUCAAAAGAGUGGCAAAGCGUUAUCGGAACGAGAAACAUGGCCAAGCUGAACCUCCGACCAUCUUGCUUAGAGGAUUUUGAGCGAGCGGUGGUUCGACAGAGAGACCUUGUGAGGCAUAUCUAUCUCAAUAUUGAGCUGGCCGAAUACAAGUGCACUGUUUGCAAGAAGAAGGAGGUACUCACCAUAAGAUCGAAGAACAAUGUUCUUUUGAGUUGGGCGGUUAAAACGAUUUUGAUAAUUCUCAGUACUUGGAACACGACAGGCCCCUUGACGCUGGAACUCAACGCGGCGUCUGCUAGUGACUCGAAGCACUGGUUCAAGAACUUUCGUUUCAACGACGAGCACGAUACUCCUUAUGGCCGAGACUCAGUUGUCCCCGUGGAAACGAUGCAUAAUGAAUGGCACGACCCCAAGCACGGUUGGGAAAAUGGUGUCCAGGUGAAACCUCCCCCUUUCAACGGGAUGCAGCGGUUGUUUGGACUUGUCGACUUGGAAUACUCUUCGCCUGCUGUUCCUAAAGUCAACGCAAUUACCUGUUUGAUGAUCCGUCGACAAUUUCGCCAUUGCUUCAUGCCUCGUCAACUAGACUUGAUUCUGUCCAAAUUGGAUCGUCUGACGGAUAUUAUUUAUGAACCAUGGCUCCUAGAAUAUACAAAUACCGGUUACCAGGGCUAUUUUGAGCAUCGACUUUCAAACACUCAAAAGAUUGAUCCUAUUUCGAGAUUCCAAACAAUGUCUCACACAGAGUGUCCAUCAAGAUCCAGCUUUUCUUUUAUUCCUCGCCAGCCCAGGAUAUAUGCCGAUGGACGAUACCCCUAG